UGCGCUUCGUGAUUAACCGCUCCAUAAUGAGAGGAGUGAAGAGAGAGGGAUAAAGGAAGAACAAGUGUGUGUGUGUGUGUGUGUGUGUGUGUGUGUGUGUGUGUGUGUGUGGAGAGAUCUUUAGAGCUUCAGCAGUAUGUCUGAGGAGGAUCACUGCAGCACUCUGACCCACAGCACGAGACACAGAACCUCCAGGAGAACCGCCUUCCAGGAUGAGCUGGAGGCGGCGGUGAGCGAGCGAGCGGUCCGAACACGAGCGUCUCAUUCUAACUCUAACGACUUUAACCACCAUGAUGAUGAUGAUGAUGAUGAUGAUGACGUCCUCAAAGAGCUGCUCAAGACGAGGAGGAAGAAGAUCGACGUGUCAAGAACAAAACCCUCCAUCAGUGACUUUACACCAUCUGAUGAUGAGGAGAACAUCAGACCUAAACGGGUCUCCUUCCUGAAAAGUCAGAGGAACUUUCACACUCUCGGAUCAGACUCUGUGAGAUCAGACACCCUGAGAUCAGACACCCUGAGAUCAGAUGACAUGAGAUCAGACACCCUGAGAUCAGACACCGUAAGAUCAGACGCCGUGAGAUCAGACACUGUGAAAUCAGACCCCCUGACAUCAAACUUUGUGAGAUCAGGCGCUGUGAGAUCAGACACCCUGAGAUCAGACGCUACGAGAUCACCCCUACAAUCCAGCCAAUCAGAAUCUCCUGCGGUGAAAAAGAGCCAAUCAGAAUCGUCCGUGCCUCUGAACUCAGACAACAGCCAAUGGGGAUCCAGCUCUGAGGGUGUGUUAGAGGCCACGCCCCCGACACCCGCCCCCCGGCAGCGAGCUCCUCCCUCUCCUGUCGCUGCGUGUGAUGUAAAGAACGUUCAAACACAAAGCAGAGCUGCUGCAUCACCCGAGAGCACCAAACACACAGCAGGGAAUUCUGGGAGUGAUGCGGGACAGGACGAUGUGUCUGUGACCCUGAACACACACUCCAGGCCAAUAGAGGGCGCUGAGAGCACAGGUCUCACAGGUGAAGAACCGAGAGACCAGGAGAAACAUCAGCUCGGGUGUGAUCUCGGUGUAACGUCCCCCAGACUGCGAGUCAGAUCUCCAGAGUCUCGACCAGGAAGCUCCAGGAGGGCCAGGAGAACGCCGCUCUACAGCACAGAGUCCAGAUAUCUGGGAACGUUAAAGGUUCUGGAGCAGAAGGCGUGUUUACAGGAGACGGGACCCGACACGGUGGAUUCGCUGCGAGCCGCCAUUUAUCAGGACUGGUUGAAGAGGAAAGAAGAGAAUCUGCAGGCGACGUUCAGAGCAAAAAAACAAGAAGAAAAACUGAAAGAGGAGAGAAAAGCCGAGGAGAAGGCGAGUAAGAAAGCAGAAGCCAGAGCCUCGUAUGAAGCCUGGAAAGAGAAGAAACGUGAAGCUCUGAGGGAGACGAUCCGAAAAAAACAGGAGGAGCUUAAAAAACUACAGAGAGAGAUGGAGGACAAGGAGGAGAAGAAGGAAACUGCAAAACGGGUUUUUGACAAAUGGAAACAAGAACAUGAUGAACUUCUCCGUGCGCAGCGAGAAAAACAGCUACAGACUGAAAACAGACUAAAAGAGGAAAAAAGGAGAGAAAAAGAAGAGAGGAAGAGUGAGAGUCGGUGUUCAUUCGCUCAGUGGAGCGACAGGAAGAAGGAGGUGAUUGAGGAUAAGCUGAAGUUUGAACGCAGGAAGCAGAGGAUCAGAGAGAUAGAGGAUCAGUAUGAGAAGGAGGAGAAAGAGAAGACGGCGCUCGAGCUGUACGAUCAGUGGCUGAGACGGAAAGAACUCGAGCAGAAACAAGAGCGGAGAGAAAGAAAGAUGAGGGCGGGUGUAGUGGAGGAGCCGCCGCCGGCCCCGUGGAGCCCCCCGAACAGGACCAUCCCCUUUGGGAAAUAAUCCUCAUCAUACAGCUGGACACACGGCCACUUUAUUAGGAACGUGCACACAGAUUGGGGGCGGGGGGAGGAGUUGGGAGGGAGGAGUGUCUGAUCAGUAGGAGGAGUUUCAUCUCUCUGAUGUCUCAUCUGAAGAGGAACCGAAACUCCUCGUGUCUGUGUUAUUUUAGACUCCGUGUGGGUGUUCCUUAUAAAGUGGCCAGUGGGCGUGUCUCUGCGGGAGCACUGAUGGAUCGACCCCCUGGUGACUCUGACAGUAAUAGACGGACGCGUGCGCAGCUCCGAGUCUGAUCUAAUUAUGAGUCUGAUUAAUGCAGCUGUGUGAGAGUCUGAUAAGAGCUUCAGCGGAAGAACAACAGUAACGGAAAUCCUCAGGGGGGCAGCGGGUCGAGGAGCACACACACACACACACACACACACACCACGGAUGUCCUGCAAC